AUGGAAGAACAUAAUUUAGUAGUGGAGGAGCCGCUUUUUGACAGUGGAAAUCCAUCAAAUGAAGCUCUUAACGAAAGAAUAAGUGCAAAUGCUUGCCAAAUGCCUCCUUGUGAAUAUGUGUUUAAAGAUCAGCAUUCCUUGCAAGAAUUUGAGAGAUAUGAUGCGUUCAAAUCUCGGAAAAUUCACUGUCCUCUAUGCCCAGUUGGUCCAGUGCGUUUGACCAAUGCUGUAUAUUAUCAGGGCCACAUGACAACGCAUCACUCGUGUGCGCACUUGUUCGCUUGCCAUUUUUGUGGACUAUUAUUUCCUUCGCUUGAAGCGCUAAAAGCUCAUGAUGGAUGUGCAGAAUUUGCUGCUGCCCUCGUGCAACGAAUAAAUGCAUUCGGUGAAGUAGAAUGUUGCAUGAACUUUGCAACGUUAGUUAUGGUUUGCACCGACUGCGGUUCGCAACUGCUCAUUCGUUCCUCUUUUAUCGGAGAGUCUUCCAUUUCUCACUGGAAUGACAUUGUCAACUUUCAUAUGCGACAUAAUGCUGAAAAACUUGUUCCGCUGGUCAUAUAUUCCCAUGAAGAUUUCAAUUGCAAGAUGCGUCUACGAUUACAAGUCGUCUCACCCUUGAUCAAAGAUAUCCAGAUCGAAUGCCCUUAUUGCGAAAAGUGCGACUUUGAUAAUGUGGAGAUGUUAGAAUCACAUUUUCUUUCACACAAAGAGAGCGUUAAAAAAGUUUGCCCUGAAUGCUCUAAUGAGUUCAGUCAAGAGGCAUUUUUUAGGGAACAUCUUUUAUCUCAUUUGGGUACUAAAGCUUGCUAUUUGGCUCUGUACCUAUCUCGCAUCUGCACCUUUAUCACGGGGGGAGUCCCAAGUUGCGGACCAAAUCUUGCGAAAGGGAGCGAGCUUAUCUACGGCGGUGUCUCAACAGCUAUCUUCAACUCCAAAUUGCGGCUGCAAUUUGUUGAUCCAUACGAAUCCAUGACGGUUAAGAAGAAAUCAAACAAACGAAGUCGUAAACGUAGGGCUGGCCCUGCAUGCGAGGAAGUAGAUGAAAUGGAAGAGGACCGUUUUUCCGUAGACGAAGUAGCGACAAAGUUGCAAAAACUUCUUGGUUAUUCUUUUGACUCCGAGAACGUGCUACGAAUCAACAGCUUCUUCUAUACUGCCAUCAACUCUAAGGACGAAACGGAAGAGUUGUCAGCAGCAUAUAAUGCGUCCAAUAUUGAUUUGGAGUAUCUCGUCGAAGACCCACUCUUUGGGAACGGGACUAAAUUAGCAGACGAUGUUUCGAAAAAAUUCAUGAAAUACUGUAGACUCGCAGGUGGAAAAUCUCUGUCAAAAAAACACAAUCCCGCACAUAGCGGUCUUUCUGCAAAAAUUUUCAUGUGCCGCCGAUGUCAUUGUAUAUGCACCGGUAUAGAAGAUACAUAUUCUCAUCUUGCUCUCUGUUGUCCAGAGCUGCGCCGUGAAGAGAAUAGCGUAGAACCCUUUGAUCUCUCAAAUGGAUUACUGGUAUUUUGUGUAUAUGCGGGUGGUGGAGUACCGAACACACGUAUCACUUGUUGGGAGUGUUCGUCCAGUGUCUGUUCUGUAUUCGGUUUGCGCGUACAUAUGAUCUAUGUGCACGGGAUGUUUUUGAAAGUUGAGGAUGAAUCUGAUAUGACUCCAGAUGAAGCGGAAAAGUUCACUUCAACAACGCGAGCAAUCAACAAGGCCAUAGGUCUCACAGAAAAUGGCGGGCUUCCUGUGAAUUUGGAAGAAAGAAAAAAGGAGGCUCUGAAAGCAAAAAUGAAAUUGAGUCAGAACGCCGAGGCCAACAAGUCUUCUUGCAUCCAAUCCAAUGUAGAUACUUCUUUAUGUGCCUUUUCUCCAAGUUUGAGCAAGUCUCCGAGCAAACCAGCGACCUCUAUAGCGACGGCAACUUCUCAAUCAAUUCCCCCUCUAGUGAUUCUCGAUGACGCUCCAACUUCUUCGGUCCAAAUAAUUGACCAUACAGAACCUCAGACUAUCGAAAUAGUUAAUAACCAAAUGCAACCGUCCCCGAGCCAGAUAAAUGGUUCAACCGUAAGGACUUUGGAAAUGUUCGAGACCGAACAUUCGGAAAAAACUAUAGAAAGCCCUUCUAUGGCAAACAGCGUCGAAAUUGUCGCUCUAGAAAGUGUCAAUAUUGACGAGUUUUCUUUAUGUUCAACAGAUGCCUUCAGCCAAGAAGAAAUCAAACAUAAAUCAGAAUUCACUCCUCUAGAGGAGUUGUCUCAAUCGCAGGAACAAGAUGAUCUUCAAAAUGCCGCUAUUGCAAAUACUACGCAUAACGAAUCGAGUAUACGAUUUGCACUUUUAGCCAUUUUGCUUAUAGGAAACUCCGGAGUGCGAAUUUUGCGGCCUUGGGUUGCGGUCUCAGGCUGCGUUGACAAGACACUAUAA